AUUAGUGUAAACUAUGUAGUGCAUAUUUAAUCCUACUUUCAGUGACAGGUAUCUGGAAGUCUGUUAUAUUUAGUGGUGAUACUUUUUAAGUCGUGAUUUGCGCUAGAUUUUUAACAAGACGUUUUGAGUUGCGUAUUUUCAUUUAGUAUACGCUGAAAGGUGGAGAGGAUACAACCAAAAUUGGUCCAUUUUGUUCCAAAGUUAGUAGCAUGCUUAUCUUUAUGGGGAUUCUGUUUUUGAUAAGCUGCUACAGCUAAAACAGCUAAUAAAUACUUUAAUACUUCCACAAGUUUCAUAUCUCGCACGUGGUAGACAAUAAAACUAUGGACGACCUUGCCUUUUAAAACAUGUGGGCGAUGGUAGUGACUUUGAGAAAACCUACCUGCCCACCAGAGUCGAAUGGAGUUAACGAAUAAGUAUAGGGAAAUGGGAUCAGUACUUACAUUCAGAAUUCAAGGUUACGAAUUAAAGUAAGUUUUUCAUCACGAAUUGAUAUCAAAUAUUAUGCCAAAAUGCGCUUUAACUAUAUGGGUGAGUAUAUUUCAAGACAAAGUAGAAGAUUGGCUAUCUUUACUUACAUUGGUUCGUCCACAAGUCAUGAUCUUGCUGAUUUUAGGGGAUACAAAAAACGCUUGUAAUAAUCCACCGAGUUACGGUCAUUUUAUGCAAUCACUGUAAUUCGUGGCAACAGUACAUGAUAGCACAGUUUCUCAAAGGCAUUGAGUGGUGGAUUUAGUCUCAUCUCUACGAGUUGGUUGUUUAGUCCACUGACCAGGUAUUAGAGAAAGGAUCUUAACCUGAGUUCAACAAAUAAUAAAUAAAUUUAUUAUUAAUGGUUUACACUGAUCAAAAUAUUCCAGAUGCAUCUGUGGUUUAUCUUUCUAUAAACCUGAUCUUAUUGUAUAUUCUUUUUUUCCUCUCCUCUAUGACCUUUAUCACAUUUUCGCUUUGCUACAUUAAGCUACUUGGACUGAUAUGUUGUCAUGUGAAGCUUAUUGUAGAACUUAUUUCUCAGUUUUAGUUUAUACUUCCUUAAUUUUAUAUUACCUCUAUGGUGAUUAGAUAAAAUAGUGUUAUCUAAAUCGUUAUGUAGUAGAUUGUUGUCGAUAAAUCUAAGCCUCUCUACAUCAACGCGAUAUUAUAAUUUUAGGAUUAGUUUCAGUUUGGGAAGGACAGGAGGCCUGGUGGACUGUGUUAGUCCUGGCAAUGGUGGUCCCUCAGUUGAUCCAACUUUCUUUUGAAAAAGUCGACGGAUGGAGCCUCAACCACGUGCUGAGGUAAUGAGUUCCACUCGUUGAUGAUUUGAUGGGAAAGUCGAUAGUCAGCUGACAAGUAAUUUGUUCUUUGCUUGUGAACGUUUUUGGAGUGUCCUCGUAAAUUCUCUGUUUUGGAAGACAAGAAAAAUGAGGGCAUGUCAGGUGCGAAUGUGGCACUAAGCAAUUUGUAGACUGUAUCAAGUCGCCUCUAGUUCUGCGAUAUGACAACGGGGGAAGGUUCAGCUUGGCCAGUCGAGCUUCAGACGGAAGCUUCUCUAUUCCGGGAAUCAGCUUAGUUGCCGUUCUCUGAACCUUUUCCAGAAGUUCACUGUCUUUUUGUAAGCAGGGGCUGGCCGCUUGUAUGAAGUACUCAAGUUUAGGACGUACGAACACUGUAUACAAAGUCAAAAACAUCUUAGCGUCGACAUGGCUUAAAGCCCUACGUAUUGACCAUAACGUUCUAAAACCUUUGGCGGCUAUUGCACGGCAGUGUGCAGUAGUCUUUAAGUCUUGACUAACGAUAACUCCUAAGUCAUUAUAUGUCUGGACGACAGGUAGCUCAGUGUUAUUCAUCGUGUAUGUAUCUGUGCCUUGAUGACCGAUAUGCAUCACAACUGCCAGGUUUGAGACCAUUCAGAUGAUCGUCCUGUGUUUUAGGCAUUGUAAGGUUACGUUUCUUGAGAAAUAACAAUGCUAUUUAGGAUAGAAGCGACAUUUAACCGUCACACAAUUAUUUUACUUUAUACCUGUUCAAACAAGUAUAGGCUUGUGUGAACGUGUUUUAUGAACUCGUGGUAUAAAUUUAAAAUUGCUUAGCUGGAUGAAAUGAAGCUGCCACAAUCUGUGGAUUUACCAAACUAUAUUAUCUAAGUAUAUGACAGAUUAAAACUUUUCUUAUCUGUUUUGUUUACCACAAGUAAAACUCUUAAGUAAAUUUUGACUUCCCAGGCACCUGGAAAUUUCACAAAUAAACGAAUGUUAACAAAGAAGCUUCAGACUGUAAGAUCAUUUCCAUCGGAAGUGAAGUAAUAUCAAUUUUCCUAGAGUGCAUCUUUACGAAAUGAUAGCAAGGAUCAUGGUUGUAGAUUUUCACGUUCAAACGCUCAAUGCACCAUUCAAGAAGAAUGUGAUCGUGUUUCAUUGACUCGUACGACUAGUGUUAGAUCCACGGUAGAGUUUCCUCCGAGUAUAGACGAGAAAGAUCUAGAAAUAUUAGGUGAAAUUGGAAGUGGAGCAUAUGGUAGAGCUAUAAAAGUAAAACACCGACAAUCUAAUUGUUUGUUGGUUCUUAAAGAGGUUAUUGAACAAAACAAAGCAAUCGAGGCAACUAUUAUACGCGAAGUAAGGAACAUAAUUCUAUUUUUAAAAGUACGCGAAGGGAUGAAUUGUUUUUUCUGUUUAGCGUUUUUUUUAGCGAGUUAGUUUUCUACGGGAUGAGGUCACUAACCCCAUAUCCAACGCUCUUUUAUCUCGGCUUGGGACCGUAGUUAGCCUCAGAGGGGUUACAGGCGGAGUUACGCGAAGGGACAUAGUCUGUAAUACAUAAAAAAUUGUUAGUUUAUGAUUGCUUUGAAUUAUCUAUUUGGAUCAUUUGUUUAUUUUUCAGCAAUCUCUCAGCUUAUCAUACCAUUUUCCAUUUAAGUUUAUGUUUGGAUUAUUAGUUUUGAGGGUUUUACAAAAAUGUUUGUAUAUUUUGAAGAUGAUUCCCAUUGAGAACUGAUGCCAUUUGAAGAGCAAUUAAAACUCACAGAUCACUAGUCUAAUAUUUCGUUCCAUUGCGGGACUUCUUAGUGAUGUAAACUCACGAAUCAACACGGAAAAGGGUCCAACACAGUAAUUUUCGACCAUUGAGUAGAAAUGGAGUGGUUCAUAGUUUAAACUUUAGCUACGUUGUUUUGUGUCGUUAUCCUUAUCCGCUAUCAUCGGUAAGGUACUGUCUCACUUUCAACCUAAUUCACUCAUCAGAUCACGUCAUCCUAAUAGAAAUUCAGAGGACCCAUCCUAAUACUAGUUAGUAACUCUAUGGUUAUUAUUGAUUUUGUGGGCUUAAAGGAGAGUUUUUAUAAUCUCAAAGUGACCCUUAGCACAAACGUACUUCAUUAUGUUUUAUUUAUUCUUGCCAACUGCUCAGUUGCUAUGCGUCCAGUUUACAAUCAACAUCAGACGUAUUAUGUGGGCUCUAUCUAAUUUGUCAUACGGAAAGUAUUCAUAAAGUAAUCUGUUAUUGGAAAUAUUUACCAGUUUAAGCAUUUCUUGUUUUUAUCGCUGAUUCUUGAAAAUUCUUGUCAUCCUUGCCAAACUUUUAUGCAUAUUGUACGUUUGAAGCAAUCAUUAGGAAAUCAUAAACCCAAACCUUUGUGUUCUAGUAUUUUAGGCGAUUCUCAUUGUUUAAAAUUUAGACCUGUUUCGUAAAUUCUGGAUCUUUAUUUUGUGAGUGAGUUGCACAAACAAAGUCCCUACUUGUAACAUUGGAAACAUGCAACCCUAAAUUAGGGUUCGUGAAUAGUAAACUCACAUAAACCUGGGUGGCUUCAAAUCUGGAUAUCUAAGUGUCGAUCAAAUAUUGACCGUUUGUCAGGUUUCCGAGCUAAGGCAUACCUACUGAUGUCCGACAGUAGUAAUAUUACUUGAGUUGAAGUUAGCAUUCGACUUCGUUGGUCAAAAGGCUUUAUGACAAUGUUUAUCAUUAGGUGUACAAAGAAAGUGCAAAGGCUUUGUGUAGGCUUAUGGCGAACUAUCUUUAAAACUGUCAGCCCCAAGCGCUCUUUGUCAGAGCUGCUCAGUGUCACCAUUUCUAUUCAGCUUCUCUGUAAGCAUAGAUACGGGUUCUUCAUCUGACUUUUAAGGGACUGACAUCUGGUCAGAUGAUUUAUUUAGUGACUUAGAGUAUGAUUUUUACCUGGUCCAUUUAGUGAAGGCACUUAUUAGAUGCAGUCCCUUAAGCGUCCUAAGCUGCAGUCCAAGCAUAUUUGGAGUUUCUCAGUCUUUAAAUUCCAAGUUUCUCAAGACUGCUCCGUGUCAACGCCUGAAUUGGGGUUGUCUAAGUGAGUGAAUCACUCAACUUAUCGUAGAAGUUUCAUCAGUCCCGUUUGGAUGGAUCUGAUGUAAUCUCGACCCACGUCCAGAAAGCUCGGUUGACAUUGUUUAAUUGUGCUAGCUGCGCCGUAGGCAAGAUGUCUGCCAACCAAAAAACCAGUAUCCUACUCAACCAUGCACUAUUUUUUGCUAUAUGCUUGUGAAACAUAACCUUUAGAAGAAGAGAGCGUGGACUGGUUGCUAGUAUCAAAUCAUAGAUAUCUUCAGAGCAUUACUCGCAUGUGUUGGGAACAUAGAGUGAGCUUUAUCUAGGUUAGACAGGUGGUGCUAGACGAAAAUGAUUAAUCUAUUAAUAAGUUUAUGAAUUUUCACCAAAUAAGGACCCACUACACGUUUGACCAACUACAACCUACCUCAACACUUGAUACUCGCUGGAGUAGGAGUAUAUUGUUUGAGACCGAUUGACUGGUAGUAGAAUGAAACAUACAAAUCAGUUAUAGAGCAGUGAUUGAAUGUAUCUUUCUAUAUGAUAACUUGCUAAAUGAAUUGCAAAUAUAUGUGGCGUUUUAGUAUUCACACGUUAAACUAUUUAUAUAAUGAAAGUUCACACUUUGAAGCAUUUUACACAAUCUCUGUAACUUCAAUUGUUUUCCAAUGAUAAUAUGAAUGAUACAGAAUUAGUUAUUGAAUAGUUUAUACGGGUUGAAAACUCUUACAUCUUUGAUACAUGUAACUUUGUAAGUUUCUCAAUAUUUUCAAGUUAACAGAAUUUUCCAUAUGUAACAUUUUCAGUCACAUGCAAUUAGAUUAUGUAGUAAUUUAUAUUUCUAUAGAUAUGUAUGCUAAUUAUUGUUAGAAUGAUAAUAGAAACUUCUAAUUAAAUAAAACUCUAUAAUAUACCUUAGUCAAUCAAUCUUAGUGAUCUUUAUGAUAUUUUAAGGUCAAUGUAGAUAUUAUGCAUUUCAGUAUGAAUACAAUCCCCGGCAAAACAUCAUAUAUUCUGCUCAUUUAUGUUUCUAAAUUAUUCUGUCUUAUUAUUUCGGUUGGUUUAACACUAAUCGUUAACACAAAAUAAUACUAAUAAUAAGUAUAAUUGAUGUAUAGAAAUUUAAACUAAAACUAUAGUAAAUCUACGUCGGUCAAAACAAUCACCUAGUGUCGUUAGUCAUUUCUACUAAAACUAUAGCUGAAAUUUGAGUAUACUAAUUUGUAUUUGGCGAGAAUUUCAAUAGAAUCAACUACAUUCUAAUACAAUCUUAUUUUAUGAUGUUUUGUUUUAAACUGAUACAUAACUUCAUCAAUGAUUAUUGUCCCUAACAAUUCGUGAAGUUAUAUAAUUGUAAUAGAUCCCUUUGAAAUAAAAUCAUUGCUUUAAACCAUUCCAUCGUAUAGAUUCAUGCGCAUCUAAAAUGGAUCAUGGUAAUGUAUGUAUUGAUAUAAAAAUUCUUAGAUCAAUCUGAAACAUACUCUAAUAUUUAAUAAUAGAUCAGUGGCUGAAGACAAGAAAAGACUGUGAACAAACGUAAGUCAGUCAGUCAGCUACAACGUAGGACCAGGCACAUAUAUGCAUCGGUCCAAGUUGCCAUACCUCAUUAACACAGCAAGAUGGAGAUCGGAUUUAUAAAAGUAGUUAAUUCAGAGGUGGUAAUAUAUAAAAGAAAGAUUUCAAUAAGGAUAUAAUACAGGAAGAAAGAAUUAGUUGAUAGAAAGAAAGAUAUGAAGCGAUUUUAAUCUCUUAGUUUGAGGGAAGACAGAGAGUGUAUACACCGACGCCAUUGUGAUCGAUUCUGAGCCAUGUCACCAAGAGUCUCCAACGAUUGGUUAUGACAGUCACGCGGACCCCAACCAAGUAGUCUGCAUCUACCAACACGGCUAAGACUAGAAAUUAGUGACUCCAAGCACUGAUGCCACGUUUUGGUUUGGCCGCCACUAACUUUCUUCCAACCAUCCCGAACGCCGGUUAGCAUUGCACGUUGUGGUAAUCGGUUUUCGGGCAUACGUAACACGUGGCCCAACCAUCUCAGCCAAUAAAGAUCCACAACUUCAUCAACUGAUUUACCAUCAUUUCCUAAUACCCUGCGUCUAACUUCACUAUUACUUACCUGGUGAUCCCAGCAGAUGUGAGCAGUAGUUCUAAGGCAUCUGUGGUCAAAUACUAGUAGCUUACGAGUGUCUUCUACUCUUAAUGGCCAUGUUUCGCUGCCGUAAAUUAAAACAGAACGGACUGCCGCGCAGUAUACUCGUCCUUUUAUUGAUAGACGGAUAUCUCGCCUUCGCCAUAGGUGACGUAACAAACGUAAACGUAUUGUGUUAUAAUUAAAAAAAAUAAUAAAACGUUUACUUAUAUAUUAAGCGUUUAUCAAUUGAUACAAAGAUUACAGUAUCGUACGGAAACAGUUGUGUUCAAUUCUAAAGUCUUAAUAUUGUCUCAUAAUUCUUAUUCUUCAGUUUCACUGUCUGUUUUUAUUUGCGAAAUAUUUGCUCUUUACGCAUUUUAUUAUUAUUAUUAUUUGAACACAUAAAAAUUGGUACAAGAGUGCGCCAAAUGUAUAUGCACCACACAAAACAAUGAGAAUUUAAAGAGAAGGAAAAAGAAAAAAGGUAAGGAGCGUAAAAAAAAAGAGAACAAUAACGAACGGCUUGGUGUAAGGUAGUGUAAUAAUAAUAAUAGUAAUAAUGGGGGAACGGAAAGGUACAACCAGAAGAAAUCUUUCAGUUAAGGAAGAUACAACCACUUUUUACGAAGAAAGUGAAAGAAGGUUACAUCGGGAUCGCCACAGGCUUCUAUUCUGAGCCAUAUAUGAUAACGUCUCUAGUUACUGUGUAGCACAAUCUCUCGGACUUAUACAGCAGCUCGUCUAUGGUGGAAAUUCGACUCUGUCUAAACGUUCUUUACGUAUAGUUUUUAUCCAUCAUUCAUACGACCAUAAUAUUAACUCUUGACUUUCACCUUAGUAAUUUUCUCCACUCACACUCUAUUGACAUAUGAACUAAAUCAAUAUAAACUAAUUUAAUUUAGUGCUAGUCCUUCCAUAUUGUUUCCAAGAUAUUUAACAAUUUCAAACAACAUAUCUAUCAUUAUUUCAUUAAUUUAUCUUAUUAUCAUAUUUUUACUUACUUACUUACGCUAGUUACUCCUAGUGGAGCAUAGGCCGCCGACCAGCAUUCUCCAACCCACUCAGUAAGGAAGGACUAGUAUCAUAUUUUUACCUUUCAUUUAAACAAUUAUCUUUUUUUAUAUUUUGUUACAGGUUUCAUUACUUCAAAAUUUAAAACAUACAAAUAUUUUAACAAUUGUCGGUGUGGUUAUUCGAAAUAGACAAUUUUGUCUUAUUACUGAAUAUAUUGAAAAAGGAAGUUUACAUUCAUUAUGCUUGGAUAAAAUUAAAUAUCCAUUUGAUUGGAUUAAAAUAAUAACAUUUGGUCGUGAUAUUGCAUCAGGGAUGGCUUAUUUACAUAAACAUGACGUUAUACAUCGGGAUUUAACAACUCUUAAUUGUCUUGUACGACAAGAUGACUCUGUAGUUGUGUCUGAUUUCGGAUUGUCAAAAUUAGUUCGGUCAAUUCCGUCUUGUAGUCAGGAAACGGAAGAAAAAUGCUCCGAUCACACAACAACAAAUGACUCCGCACCAAUAAUUCAAGAUUCUUCUUCUGAUACUUCAAAUAACGCCGAUGUUCAACGUCAUCAUACUCCUCGUCUUAGACGUCAUCAUGCAUACAACCAUCCAAGAAGACAUACUGUAGUAAGUGAAAUGAUUGUUAAGCAUUAAAAAGUCAGUAUCUAUUGGUUUCAAGUAAUUUCACUCAACCAAAUGAAAUAAUUUCAGUUAUCCUAGGGUAUUCUUUGACGUUACUUAAUAUGUGUGUUUCAUUAGAUUGUGGUUGGAGGUAGUUGUCAGGACACCCUGGACCCGGGUUUCGUGCUACUUGGCUGGUAGUCACAUUGCAAUAUGGUCGAUAGCAUUCGAUCUGCACUAAUAAGGACUAGACACGCAUGACAUUGAUCGCCACCCAGUGAUCAAUCAAUUGUGAUGUGUGUUUCAUAUCAUAAACUGUUUCUUAUCCCUUAGUCAAAGCAGUUUUAAAGCUUAAACCAGUUGUAUCCUAUAUCAUGUACAAUUUGGAAAACCAAAACUAAAGUUUACACAACGCAAACAAAAAUGAUAAUCACUGAUGAUAGAUAAUAAUUUUAUAUCACCCUCUAAAACACACAGCGAUUAAACAUACUCAUUUAUACAUAGACUUCACUGGAAAACAAUGAUUAGUCAAUAAUGAAUAUCCAUAUACAACUGAAGAUAAUGGAAAUAUGUAUUAAUAAGUGGAUUUUACUCUGACUCAAAAACAAAAUGAAUUCUGGAUAUUAUAUUGAACAAAUAUCACACUAAAUCUAAUAUAAAACUCUUUUAUAUUGAAUAAAUAUUACACUGAAAUAAAACAAAUAUGGUAAGACUAUAAUUUGUGGACGAGCUAAUUAGAUUUAAAAUGUCAGGUCUCGGACUUGUGCGCGAAAUCCAUUCACCUAUAUGACAAAAUAGGACUCAGUUCGUCUGAGUGUGUCGUGGUCAGUAAUUACGGUUAUUAUGUCGUUUACUCAGUUACUCAAUUGUGGAUAUGUUGGGGUAAUUUAUAUUUUAGGAUAAAUUGGAGAUAUGGUUUUUGCUAUGUUGUAAUUUUUUUUCCAUAAUGACUUGAGUGCACUACACUUGACACGUCCGUAGCACUAUAGAGUAGUAUUUUCGUCGUAGAAAACUUUAUAUUUUUUAUGUAAGCGACCAACAACGACAGAGAAAGAAACAUACCCUCCAUCUUGGUUGACGAUAGUGCAGAUAAUGAUUACCACUUCAUUUUGGUUGGUUGCCAGGUUCACGGUCAAAAUUACGAACGAAAGUGGAGUCUAUCCUAACGUUUUAGCACUAUGUCUGAUAUCAUUUCGUGAUGAUAACUUUAAUUCCUAACUCUAAAUCCCGAUCCUAAUUUCUCACACGAAUUUAUGGCCUUCUUCCGAUCGUAGUAGGUAGGUGGAUUUUCUCGAGGUCACUUUAAUAUCUUUCCAGGGUCGUACAUAAAUCAAAGUCUCACCACAAAUAUACUGGACAAAAAUAUACCAUUUUAAAUAUACUGAAUUACGAUGUGAUCCCGAAUUUUAUACCAUUUUAACAAUAACUUCAUGACACAGUGUGUUUCUGAUGUGUGGGCGAGAAUGAUAAUGAUUGGUUGUCUGCUUAGUCAGACAUGUAGAUAGUCUGAUAGGUGUCAGACGAGUUAUAUAUUCCCCUAUCCUUAUUAUCAUUACUCACUUAUUAUUGAUUGUUCAUUGUUGUUGGAUUGUGUCGGGUUUUUGGUGUGGAAAUAUAUUUACGUUGUGGUCAGGCUAAUCACGUGUUCUUAAUCUGAGUCAUGUUGAUAUCCUUUAGAAUAGACACUGGGAGGGAAUAUAAUGUAGAUAUUCGUCUAAGGUAAUUUACGUCCCAUUCGUGUAAAAGUGGAAACCCAACCGUUAUAACAUUAGACAAAGUAAAACCGAGCUUUACGACAGUUUCUAGUAAAUAGAAUAUGCCCAUUGAGAUAUAAAAUAAGAAAGAUUAGUUCAGUGGAGAGUUCUGUUUUCGGCAAAUAUAUACGUACUUCUACAGUAUGAUAAUAAUUACAAUAAUAUUGGCAAUAAAAUUCUGUUGAAUAUAGUGAACAAGUACACGAGUGGGAACAGUUUAGUGUAUUUGAUACGAAAUUACAGAGCAUCUCAAUAAAAUCUGAGAAUCAUAUAGUAGAUAGUUUGUGGGGCCCGUUAUUUUUGUCGUCAUUUAGAUCGCACGAUGUCGAAAGGGCUCUCCACUUUAGUGGCUCGAGAUCUGACUACAAUUAGAUCGUAUGAAUGUUUGUUAUCGCCUAUCCUCGUAUAUAGUCAUCGACUUAAAUUGUGUUAAUCAAUAACGGAAUUAAAUAAGUCGAAUAACGAGAAUGGACUUGUGAAUACUUAUAUUUUGUAUAUAAAGCGAAUGGAAUAGAGAGAAGAGAAACAAUGCAGAGUGGAGAUGGCUGGUAAGCCAACUCCCAUUUAACCAAGCAUUAAUCAAUAUUUAUGGUUACACAAAAGUAAGUUACAGACAUGUGAUGAGUAAUGGGAUAAGAAAUGUACACACACCUACGCGCUCAUAUAAAAACAGCCAAGAUUGAUAAGCGAAUAAAUAACAAGGUCAGAAUGUGACUCAAGUAGAAUGAAUGAAAUGGUCUGUCCGAAACGAAGAAUAAGGUAUAUGGGCUUAACAUAAUAACCGACACUAUAAGUUAAUUUGCAAAAUAUCAAACCAUCGUCUCAAACUUGACUGUUCCUUUUGUAAAUAUCAGUCUAUUGUCUCAGAUUUCAUCGUUCAUGCAUUUUCAUACCAAUUGCGUUCCGUUCCCGUUCUUUCCUUAUCAACCCACACCACAGUAACAGUAAGGUAGAAUAAACAAAGGUAUUAAAACACUUUUUUUCAGGGAAACUAAUAAGAGUCUAUUUCACUGUUCCUAAAAUCAUUUUUAUUAGCCAUGAGAUCAUUCAAUUCUACAAAUACACUACACUUAUACAAAAGUCCAUUUUUAAUGAACUUGUUUCGACUAAUCCAAUAUUAGUUAAAUAUUAUAAUUUAUUUUUACCAAAUAUUUCAUAUGCCCAGCUGCAAAUCACGCUAUAUGUGAAGACUAUUAAUAUUACUGUGGUGUAUAUUACUCAUGUCUGUCGACAUAAGUAGUACGUAACACCGAAAGUGGAAAACCUGGUAGUUGAAGGCUAAAAAGAUCGAGUUGAAGAGAAUAAAAGGAAAAUUGAAAGGAAUUGUGAACUGAAAGAAUUAUACGGAAUGUGAAAGACAAAUGAUGGGAAUUCUCAAAUGAAGUAUUCAGUGUACGAUUCUUAUAUUUCAGCAAGAUACUUUGUAAUUUGGUUGUCCUCAACUAAAUUCUUGUUCACCACACCAUUAUCACAUCUGCCUAAACACACUUAGGUUCAGACCAACGACAUAACCUUGGAUAGUUUUGUCCCUAAACCCAUAAUUUAUACUGGUCUUAAAUAAAAAAUGUCUGAGUUUAAAUGCAGAGUACUAGGUAAAGCUAGUCAACCAAUCGAUGAGUAGUAAACAUUCAACGAUUAAAGUGAUUAGGAUAUGUAUUGCGUAUACCCAACCACUGUCUACCUUCACGAACAAUAUUGUAGGAGUCGUUGGAAGAAAGCUAAAAGCAACCAAACCAAGAUAUAACAUCAGUACAUAAAGUUAUUGACUGCUGGACUGAGCUGUUUAAAUAGAUGUAGGCUCCCUUGUUAGGAUCCGCGCAAUUAUCGUAACCAUUGAUUAGAUACAUUGAGUGACAUUAACCAAAACCAGCCAUAUAUAUUCCACUCUUUUUUUAAAUAUUCAUAAUUUUUAUUGGUCAGUUUUAUUCUUUCUUUAAUCAUAUUGGCUAUAUGUAAAAAUUUUCCGCUAUUGCUAUUUCUACUAGUUUGAUGAUCUAAUCUUCCUGUAUUGAUAUGGUAUGUGAAUUUGAACCGAUACAUAUAUGUGCCAGCCUGUAUAACUCACUGAAAUAAUAAAGUUCUUGUGUUUUAAAUAUCCUUUUCUGUAUAUAACUUUUGUUUCCCUCUUUCUCACGAUUAAUUAUAAAAAGGUUGGUAGUCCAUACUGGAUGGCUCCAGAAAUGAUAGUUGGUCAACCAUAUGAUAAUUCAGUGGAUGUAUAUUCAUUUGGUACAAUUAUGUGUCAAUUAAUUUUACGUACAAAUGCUGAUCCGGAUAACUUAAUACGUGAUGCAAAAACUUUCUGUAUAGAAAUGGAUGAAUUAAUGAAACUAGAAAAUUUUCCGAUCAAUACACCACCAAUAUUAUUAAACAUGACAAGUCAAUGCGUCUCAUUGGAUCCAAGAAAUAGACCUUGUUUCGAUUUAUGUGUUGGACUACUGGAACAAUGUUUAUUAUAUUUAUUAUCUGGACAUCAAUCACAACAGGUUAUAGUUGGAAAUUCUGCUGAAGACAUUACCACAGUUGAUGACAACAAUACAGAGAGGGGAGAUUCUGAUCAUCAGAAUCUUGAUGUUAAUAAAUAUUGAUCAAUAGUACAUAUAUAUCCUUGUAUACAUAUUUGUAAUGAUCAUUUGAUAUGAUAAUAAUUUCUUAAGCCAGAAAGAUAUUUGUAAAUUUUCUUUUUAGUUAACUAACUUGGUUAUAUUUUCCACUUGAUCAUAUCACAGCUAUAAAUUCCAACUCGAAUGAAAUGAUGUUUUAUGCGUACCCUACUGUUGUAUGGAUUUUCAUUAUCCGAAUAUUAUAUUUCUAUGUUAUUGCACGAAGAAAUAAAUCUCUAUUUUAAUGUGAAAUUAAGUUUUGUAUCCUGUUUCCCUGUUACUAAUCCAUUCCUUAUUUUUUUAUCGGUUAUGACUUAUAUUGAAUUGAUAAGUAAAAUGAGAUUACAACUCUUCAACCACUUAAAUGUAAUCAUCAUACUUUUCUGUAUUGGUGUUUGGAGCCAUUUGAUAUAGAAAUAUGACUGAUUAUUUUAUUUUGAUUUUAUUGAAUUCUCUAAGCUUAAUGGUUGAAUUGUAAAGUUUUCGUUGUUCUUCUGGACAUGUUCAGUGUCUUGUUGACGUGAAAAUGCCUUGUUUAAUUACUAUUCUACAAGCGUUUAAUCAGUCUAUGCUGACGAAUUUAUCUGUGACUCUUUGUCUUCGUAGUUUUGUUAACUUUUGGUUUGUAUUUUUAUUUGAUUUGUCGCUUUCCACGUAACUGGUUGUCUGUUUCCGUAUAGAUUUGUAGAUUAAGUUUAUAUAAAUACAGUUAUUGGUUAUUUUUUGGCAUGAUUUCAGAAAUUUUCUAUCAUUCUUUGAAUUUCCAUGUUUCAGAAUUAGUUUCUGCAUUAAUCUAUUCAGCUCUUCAUUCAUCAAGUAUUUCAUAAUUUAAAAAUAAUACCUCGCUUUUACAUUAUGAAUAGCUUUGUAGAGGAUACUUUUCUUUUGAAGUUAAACCGCUGAGGAUUUAUAUUAAAACUACCUGUUCUCCUGAUAGUAAUAUUCAGAACUUGAGGCAUCCAGUGUAUUUUACCAUUGGACUGGAGAUCUACCAUAAUUAUCUCGAUCCACAAAAUAGGAUCCAAGCGACACAAAUCGAUUCGUUGACCAUUUUGUUGUAAAAAUGUUGAUAAGAAUUAUUAAGACCAUUAUCUUUUUGUAAUCCAACUUCUUGUUGAUCAGUACACAAUCAACUCUCCACCAUCAAGAGAGAGCUGGGAGCAGUCUUUAGAUAAAAGGAAGCCAGGGAGUUUAACUUACAUUGACUUUAUUAAGUCAUUUGACAAUCUCACAUUUUUGGCUUUUAUUGAAAUUCUGAAAACGGAAAUUUAUCUAAGAUUCCCUUAUUGGUCAGGAAAGUAGAGUAAAAAUUUUUCAGUUUCCCCUUGGAAUCCGGCAUUCAGGCGCAUGUUACAAGUAGCAGUAAAAUGUCUACUGCUCUUUAUGGUGAUAUAUCGAACGGAAGUGUUGGAUUACUGGUUGCUCUGUAACAUUUUUCGCCAGGCCAACUAAAUUAGUUAAAUAUUUUGUAAGAUGACAACUUCUAUUCACCAGUUGUAUCGGUCUUUUAGUUUGGAUUUAUAUAUCGAUUUCCUGAUAUAAAUUGCCAAUCUGAUCACCUCAGUCACCUGAUUAAUUUUGUUAACCGUUUUUGGUAAGUAAUGGGUUGGUGGAGUGUUUAAUCUCAUAGCUAGCAUCACGAAAUAACCGUUGAGAACCAGGAAGCACUGGACAGUAAUCCCGUCCUCCUGUGAGACUCCUCGGCAUUGCGUAUCUACAAACGUACUGGGGAUCGAACCCCAGAUCUCCAAAUCUCGUAACGAGCAAUUACACCAGAUGAGACAGCGACUGUUCAGAUUUACUUCUAGUUUAUUAAUGUUACUCAAACUAUAGAUACCGUAUAAUUUGUGGUAUUGAUUUUUUCCUACACUAAUCAACUUACAUCAAGUGUCAGCAUUUCUUUAAUGUGUUGAUUUUAU